AUGGUAAAGGGAGAUACUGGAGCAGUUUUGGAAUACUUUCAGAAAAAGAAAGAAGAGAAUUCAUCAUUUUUUUAUUUAAUGCAACUUGAUGAGGAUGAUAUGAUCACUAAUAUCUUGUGGGCAGAUGAUCGGUCUAUAAGCGAUUACAAUCUCUUUGGAGAUGUCGUUUGUUUUGACACAACUUAUAAGACCAAUGAUUAUGAUAGACCGUUUGCUCCAUUUGUCGGGGUAAACCAUUAUAAGCAAGUUGUUGUGUUCGGAGAUGCUCUCUUAUAUGAUGAAACCACCGAGUCUUUUAAGUGGCUUUUUGAGACCUUUCUUGGAGCAAUGUCUGGAAAACAACCGAAAACAAUUAUUACAGACCAAUCUGCAGCAAUGGCGAAUGCAAUAGUGAAUGUGUUUCCAGAAACAAAACACAGUUUAUGUGUCUGGCAUAUUUACAUAAAUGCUGCAAAGAAUUUGAGUCGUGUAUUUCACGGAUCAGACCAGUUUGCCAUGGAUUUUGGCAAGUGCGUAUAUGAGCAUGAGGAAGAAGAAGAUUGGUUAUUGGCAUGGAAUGAUAUGCUCAGUAAGCAUAAGCUGACAGAGAAUAAAUGGCUGGAAAAUUUGUUUGAGGUGAAAGAAAAAUGGGCAAUGGUAUAUGGACGUCAUACUUUUACAGCCGAUAUGGUGAGCACACAGCGUAGCGAAAGUAUAAAUAGUAUUUUGAAAGGAUACUUGAAGCGCAGUUUUGACUUGUUGACCUUCUUUAAACACUAUGAGAGAGUGUUGGAUGAUAGGCGAUAUAAAGAGUUAGUUGCUGACUUCGGUAUGAUGCAUACUUCGCCGGUAUUGGCUGCUUCUGUAGAGAUGUUGCAGCAUGCAGAAGAAGUGUAUACACCAGAAGUGUUUAUCUUGUUCCAAAAGAAAUACACAGUCAUCGGUGACUAUGUUGCAAAAAAGACGAGUAAAUCUGAGAUGGUGUAUGAAUACAAUGUAUCUUAUCGUGGUGUUGCACGAGAGCAUUUGGUUAAGUAUGAUGCUGCAAACCAAAAGAUACAUUGUAGUUGCAUGAAAUUUUCAUUUGUUGGGAUCUUAUGCCGUCAUGCUUUGAAAGUGCUAGACAAAAAGAAUGUUAGAAGAAUUCCACCUACCUACAUUCGGAAUCGAUGGAGUAAAGAGGCAAAAGCACGAACAGUAUCUUAUUAUCAUUCAGAGUCAUCUACUGAAGCAGUGAACGAAUCGAUUGGAAAGCGAUAUAGUCAUAUUUGUCGUACUUUUCCUGAGAUUGCGUCUGUUGCUGCAGAACAUAUAGAACUGACAUUGUGUACAGAUGAAGAUACAGUUGAGUUGUUUAAAAAACUGGAGGAAAAGAAAAAAGGAACUUGUGAGAGCUAA